GCUUCUUUUACACACAUCCCCUCAUUUGCAGAGUGCGCACACACAUAACCCGUUCCUCUCACAUAUAGACUCCCAGCUGUUGAUAUUUCUCUCUCUGGUGAACGGCGAGAAGCAAAGAAGCCCUGCAGGAAGUUGAGGGAGAAAGCAGCUCUGCGGUUUGCUCGAUUACGACUCGACUAGAGCAGCUACAUGGAGGAUCUGUUCUAGAUUGACAAGUGCACCGAUUUGUUUUUACGAUCGCUUCCUGGUGAUCCCUUGAUUCAUAUCCUCCUCUUUCUAUCUCACACACCCUCUCGAUCGUUUUUUCGCUCUGAGUCAGUGGGAGUUUAUGCCAGAUUUCAGACAGCAAGUUAGAGAGGAGAAAAAGAGACAUGUGCUUUUCUUUUUGUUUUGCCACCUACCACCACUGCCGCUUCUCUCCCAUUCACUGACCAAAGAGGAAGGAAGUAAAAGGUGUGAUUCAGAGCGGCAGACAUUCAGCGAAGAAGUGAAACGAAACAGGGAUGAGUGUGGACAGCCACCAGGGGGUUGUGACCACCCCUCCCGCACCCAGUGGCGGGAACAGAGAGCGCUACUUUGAUCGAGUCAAUGUCAACGAUCCGGAGUACCUCAGAACCAGGAACAUGUCGGCGGACCUCCGGCAGGACUUCAACGUUCUGGAACAGAAAAAACGGGUUACGCAGAUAUUACAAAGCCCUGCCUUCAAGGAGGAGUUGGAGAGUCUGAUCCAAGAGCAGCAGCGCAAAGGGAACAACCCCACCGGUCUGUUGGCCCUCAGACAGAUUGCUGACUUCUUCAUGGCGAGUUCAAUGGCUGGUUACAACACUUCCCCACUUAGUUUGGGGAUGGUCACACCCAUUAAUGACUUGUACAACGUGGAAGCGGGCGCCAUGGUGAAAGGAGAGAAGCUGACACGCUGUAAACUGGCCAGCCUCUACAGACUGGUUGACCUGUUUAACUGGGCCCAUUUUGCCAGCUCCUAUGUCACUGCCAGAAUCAGCAAAGAACAAGAUCACAUCCUUAUCAUCCCCAGAGGGCUCUCCUUUGCUGAGGCGUCUGCGUCAAACCUGAUGAAGGUCAACAUCAUUGGUGAAGUGAUCGAGCAGGGUUCCACCAACCUGAGCAUCGACUCAGCUGGUUUCAGCCCCCACGCCGCCAUCUACUCUAUGCGUCCAGACACCCGCUGUGUCAUCCAUGUGCACACUCCUGCCACAGCUGCCGUGUCCUCUAUGAAGUGCGGCAUCCUGCCCAUUUCUCAGGAGGCACUCAUCCUGGGUGACAUCGCCUAUUUCAACUACCAGGGUAGCCUGGACGAGCCAGCCGAGCGCAGAGAGCUGCAAAAAGCUCUGGGGCCAACAGCAAAGGUUCUGGUGUUGCGGAAUCAUGGCUUGAUUGCUCUGGGUGAAUCUAUGGAAGAGGCCUUGCACUACAUUCACAAUGCGCAAUAUGCCUGUGAAAUCCAGGUGAACGCCAUCUCCUGUGCUGGCAGCAUAGACAACCUGAUUGUGCUCGACCAAGAGAAAUAUAAAUCACGAGUGCACGCUGUGGCCGCCACAGUUUCCGGAAACAUGAACAGUCCUUACAAGUGGAAGGUCGGCGAGCUGGAGUUUGAGUCUCUGAUGCGGAUGCUAGACAACCUGGGCUAUAGAACAGGCUAUGCUUACCGCCAUCCCAUCAUGCGUGAGAAGCCGAGGCACAAGAGCGAUGUAGAGAUCCCCGCCACCGUCACUGCGUUUAUGUUCGAAGAGGACGUGGACGCCACGCGCUUUCCCUUCAAGUUUCUGCAGCAGCGGCAGCAGCGGGAGAAGACGCGCUGGCUUAACUCGCCUAACAGUUACACCAAGGUCGACGUGGAGGGUGGACACGAGCGGUACAACCACAGCAGGACAACCACGUGGAUGAAAGCAGAGGAGCCUGGAACGCCGAUCAAAAUUGAGGACCCCAAUCAAUUUGUCCCUCUCAACACAGACCCGAAGGAGGUACUGCAGAAGAGGAACAAAAUUCGAGAGCAGAAUCGGUGUGAUGUGACGACAUCAGGGCCACGCUCGCAGCACCUCGCUGGCAUCCCAAUUGAUCAGCCACGACGACCAUACGUGCCCACAGAGGAGGAACAGAUGGCCCCACUGCCUCCCAACCCUUUCAGUGAGCUGUCAGAGAAGGACUUGCAAGAGUAUCGCAAAAACGUGGAAAGAAGGCAACUGGGUCUCGAUGGCGAGCACGAGCUAACCUCGGACGAUGGCUCCACACUCUCUCAGUCUCUGUCUCUCACCCAGUCGCCACAAAGCACUCCAGCUAAAGUCAACCACGAGGGCCUGAUGAACGGCAAGGACAACCAUUGCGACGCGGACGAAGAGUUGUGCAAACGGGUCAGCCAGCUCAACACCAGCGCGGAGAGCGUGGAGAUAACGCUGCGCUCCGGCGACAAGAUCGAGGAGGUGUUGUCUCAGGAGAGCUCGCCCUCCAAGUCGCCCAAUGCCAAGAAGAAGAAAAAGUUCCGCACGCCAUCCUUCCUCAAGAAGAACAAAAAGAAAGAGAAGACUGAGGCCUGAGGGGCCACCAAGAUGAUAGAAAGGGGAGGGCAUCUUUUUCUGUGUUGUCUUUUGUCUUGUCUUUGUUCUCCUGAUUUUUGUUUUGAAUCCUUUUCAGAGUUUUUAUAUGCAAAGAAAUGAUUUGGAGAAAAAAAAAGAAUUGGUUUGUAACAAAAAAAAAAAAAGGUUCCUCAGGCAGAUGGACAGAUGGAAUGUGGUUGGGCACUUUCAAGUGAAUCACGCAUGCAGUACUCGAAGUUGGCUCAGUGACAUCCUGCACAAUCGUGCUGAAAUUAGAAUUUGUAAAAGUACCAUGAAUUAUUUCAUGUUUUUUUAAUCUAGUUCUCAAGUCACAACUGCAUCAUGCACAUUCUUUUUAAAUCCUCAUCUGCCUGUACAUUGAGUCACUGAGAGGCUGCAUGACAGAUGACAUCACACUGGACAGCUGCCCUCCCUCAGUGGCCACAGGGUUUGUGUCCAUUUGUUUAGUGGGCUCUUUUUAUUGUGCAACACUCUUCUUGUUUUUGCGCUUCUGCAGCAUCAACACACGUUUACUCACCAAACUGGAGUCGAGCGCCUUUGUGCAUAAACAUCUCAAAAGAGCCAGCAGGACACUGUAUAUUUAUGUAGCAUUCUCCUACUUACUUUUGGGACAAACCGGAAUUUUUCUUUUUAGUGUAGCUUGAAGUCAUCGCAUGAAAUCUGACCUUUUUUAUUGAACAUUUGUUGUAGCCAGCAUCCUUUUGUACUCAUUUCAAAGCUAUUUUCAAGGCGCCUAUUUUGUCUUUCGCCAGGAGGAGAAGCGGUUGCUCACACUAUCUUUUAAAGUAGAGGACAUAAAUAUAACACAGAUAUAUUUGACAACUGGAUAUGUCGGCUAUAGAUUUGUAACUAUAUUUUUUUAUUUUAUUGUGCUGCACUUUCCACUGUCGUGUGGGAUGGUUUCCCCAUAGAAGGAAACUGUGAAGUUGUAUGUGGUCAAAAUUGAGCAAGUAGCAAAGCAAAGGCCUAAAUUGAGACAAGUGAAGACCCAGAAGGUGAAAUCAGUAUGAAGAAGGAAAAACAAAAAAGACUGUUCAUAUGCAAAAUGAUGUCUGUGCUCAGCAAAAAUAGUUAAAAAACAAAACAAAACAGGAAGUGUGUAGUGCUGAUACGGCUAACAUCUGCAGUCACCAGCUGAUAUCAGAAUAACAGGAGUAUUAGGGCCAAACUUGGGGGGAGAGCAAUAUUACCAGAUAAAAAUGUGGAAUGGAAGAAGAAUACCACAUUUUAUUUCAUUUCCAUGCAAAUAUAAAUGUAGUGAUUCUCUGCGAGUAGUAUUAAGUGAUUUCAACCUCAAUCUAGGAUAAUGUCUUUUUUAACACCUCCAUUUUCAUAGUAUUUUAUCCUCUUACGUUCUUCUUUCAAAAUGAAAGAAAAAAAUCUAAUCGUACAAUUGUAUUCUUGUAACAUUAAAAACCGUUCUUGUCAUAUUGCAACUUUAUUCUCGUAAUUUUGCAUUUGUCAUAAAAUUACUCGUAACAUUUCAACUUUCAUUCAUGUGAUGGUUUUUUUUCUUAUAAAAUUAAGUCUAUCCUCAUAUAUUGAUUUUAUUCUUGUAAAUAAGAGUUUUUUUUUCCUUCUAAGAUUUUAUCUAUGUAUGUAGCAGUCCCCCCCCCCCAACCCCCUCCUCCACUUUUCAGUCUGGCCCUCAUACUCCAGUGUAGUGAAUGAAGUAUGAAGCAGGGAUGACUUUUGUACAGUGUUGCUAUAUGUGCUGAACGAGUGUGUGAUUUUAAAGCCAUAUUGUAUUGUUUUUAGACAAGGGGUUGUGGUCCAAAGUGUGGCUUCACUGACCCUGACGGGACCUCUUGUUUAAUCCCCUUCAUGACUACAUGGCCCCUGCUCUGCUUCACUCCUUCAGAACAUAGCUUUUCAUGUGCACAUUCGAUCCCUCUCUCAGCCCGUUUCACCACCCCUCUCGUGCAACGUUUUUGGCAAAUGUGAUGUCUGUCAGAUGAGCUGUAGUUGACCUGCACUCCCCGCAACCCCUGCCUGGUGGGACGCACCAUGUACCAAGAUCAAAGCCAGCAGCGCAAACUGGUUGAUUUGGACGUCGGGCUGUAUGUUUGGUUGUAUCCAAACACUUGAUUUUGGCCAACAGCUGGCUGGAGUGCGUGGAUUUUUAAAAUGGAGAAGGGAGGAAGGGUAGCUACUCAACCUAAUAGCAGCAUGCUUUCAGCUUCUUUCAUUGCAUUGCUUGUCUUGAUCAUCCUCCAUUCGUAUGGCGAUAUUUAUUCUGUGUUUUUUCAUUCAGUAUUUUAUGGGCACAAAUUGCUCCCAUGUUAACUGGACAUCCAUUGCUUCAUUUUGAGUUUUUGGUUUCUUUGCACCUUGCGCUACUAAUGCUUCCCAAUCCAUGUUUUCUGUUUUAAAAAAAAUAAUUUUUAAAAUUAGUCAAUAAAGUUUUCUUUGGCAUGCCAACAAUGAGCCAAGCGACUUUUUGACCUGUGAACACCCUCCUCUAUAAAUGCUAAUCUAUGGAGUUGCUUUUAGAUGUAUCGCUAAUCAGUGUACAUUCACAAAUAAACUGUAUUUUACCAAAAUGAAA